AUGGGCGGAGUACCCAUAGAGCUGAAACAAAACAUCAAAUUACUAGGAUUGACCAUAGACAACAAACUCACAUUUAACACUCAUAUUAGUCUCACCUGUAAAAAGGCAAUAAACAUCUAUAAAAAGUUAGCAAAAGCAGCCAAAGUCAGUUGGGGACUACACCCGGAGGUAAUUAGAACAAUAUAUACGGCAGCAAUAGAACCCAUCAUCCUGUAUGCAGCAAGCGCGUGGGCGCCAUCGGCGAACAAGCUGGGGGCGAGGAAACAGUUUGGUACAGUGCAAAGAGGUUUCGCGCAGAAGAUAUGUAGGGCCUACCGCACGGUCUCCCUGGACUCGGCGCUGGUGCUGGCUGGGAUGCUCCCUCUUGACCUUCGUAUCAGUGAGGCUGCCUCGCUAUACGAGGCCAAGAAGGGGGUAUCACAGUCAGUACUGGGAGACAGGGAGAUUGAGCGGAUGACCCCGUACACGGAAAUGCCGCACCCCGCGAAGCUCAUAAGUAUGAAGUUCGACCACCUGGUAGACGUAAAUCAAUACAAUGCAAUAGAUUUAAAUACAACUAGGAUAUUCACAGACGGGAGUAAAAUAGAAGGCAAAGUAGGAGCGGCCAUAAGCAUAUGGACCGGACAAGUAGAGAUUAAAAACAUUAAAUUAGCGUUACCAACUUAUGCAACCGUCUACCAGGCCGAACUCCUUGCUCUGAGGCGAGCGGCAAGCGAGGUCAACAAAAGCAAGGCGGUCACGUUCGGCAUCUUCUCCGACUCGAUGGCGGCACUCAUGACAGCCACAAAUCCUACAUCCCCCCACCCGUUAAGUCUAGAGUUCCGAAAGGAAAUAAGCGAAAGCAUGUCGAAGGGUAAAACAAUAAACAUAUACUGGAUCAAAGCACAUGUAGGAUUUGAAGGGAAUGAGCGCGCUGAUAUCUUAGCCAAGGAAGCUGCCAUUGGAUCGAAAAGGAGGCCGGACUACGACUUGUGUCCCGUCUCAUUCGUCAAGCGAGCGAUCAGAGACCGCACGAUUGGCGAGUGGGACGAAAGGUACAGGUCAGGCACAACCGCCACAGUCACCAAACUUUUUUACCCGAAUGUCGUCGAAGCAUACAGGAAGGUGAGAAAAACCGCACCCACAGCCCUCGUGACCCAGCUGAUGACGGGGCAUGGAGGGUUCUCAGCAUAUUUGGCUCGCUUCAAGUGUAAAGAGGACCCUUCGUGUACUUGUGAGCCAGGAACCGAAGAAACUGUAACCCAUAUAGUAGCCGAAUGCCCAAUUUUUGCAAAACUCCGGAGCGACACAGAACUCCAGUUGGGAGAGGCCAUCAGCCCUUCCAAUUUCCACAAACUUAUUACCGGGGAAAACAGCGACGUUUUCCUAGACUAUUGCAAGAAAAUAGUGCGAAUAGUUAACGAAAAGAAUGUUAACAAAUAA